AUGUCCGAUCCAAAUAGCAGUCACCCACAGACUGUCGAGGAAUGUAAUCAUGCUAUGGAAGCCAUUAUGAGUAAACUAGUGGAUCGUUUGCAUUUCGAGUCGAAGAUUCUAAUCCAUGGACAAGAAGACGUACUCACUCUAUCGGAAUACGAGGCACUCUUCGCCGCCGAUAUGAAGAUAUGUGAAAACGCUCUCGAUGUUGUUUUAGAUCUUGCUAGAAAACGGAAGUCAUAUUUGGAAGCGGUAGUUGCUGCGAGGCGAUUUGAGCGGUCCUUGCCAUCGACCGUGACUAGUGCGUUCAUUCAAACAGCUACAGAGACUAACAAAGCGCAUGACCUACGCGUUAGAUUGAAAGAAGGUGACUACUCUUUCUUUGUACCCGCUUAUGCUCAAGGGGAUAGUAUGGCGAACACGGUCCCGCUCAUGGGUGCGACCACGAUUGCUGCAGGCAAACCUGAUCAUUCGAAUAGUACUGAGAGCAGAGUUUCCAGUAAUAGAAGCACUGCUUUUUCGUCUUGCCUGGCUAAGGAUCCCUAUGUAGUUCCUCAGAUUAGAGAGAGACCACAGUACGCAUCUGAUGCAGCCCGUCGUUUUCUGAGCAAAAUGGAGACUAUCGAACCGGAGGUUUCUACGAUAGCGGAGAUUGAGACCGUGCAACAAGAGCAGAAGACGACAAAAUCGAACGACUUCUCCGUGGGCCGCGAACACAAGUCAGAAACCAUGAACAUCAAGCAAAUAUCAUCGUCAGGCGGUUGUUCUCUUGAUGGUUCUUUAAUAGUGGAUGGUGGUGAAGUUAGCGAUCAAAACGGUAUACGCACCUAUUCACCUGUGCGUGAGAUUCCUCCACCGCCCAACUUCGACGAUACGGAUAUGGAGUCGUUUUGUGAGCCUAUCCCGGCCCGCUCACAGUCUCUCAAUAGUCGAAAAACGAGCAAUGAAGUCGCCUACGCAGGAGAAGAAAAGAGAAUGCGGCCCGAAUGUCCAACUAUGGUGUUGAGAAGUACAGAGAAUACUGCAAAUCCGAUUCUUAAUGAAGAUGUUAAGCCACCCUCAGAGUCUGCUGCCAAGCCUAUAUGGCUGUCAUCGGCGUACCAACCACCACGGAGACCGAAAUUUACCUCCUCUGUGGGCCGCAUGUUUAAUCAAGAAUACUCCAGACGUGUAAUUCCUGAUUUAAAUGAGAGAUUCUACGAUGAGAGGCAAUCCGGUGACUACAUCAGCACACAAUAUGACUAG